GUCAUCUCCUGUACCGUGUCCGCAGUCUCUGGUCAUCUCCUGUACCGUAUCUGCAGCCUCUGGUCAUCUCCUGUACUGUGUCUGCAGUCUCUGGUCAUCUCCUGUACUGUGUCUGCAGUCUCUGGUCAUCUCCUGUACUGUGUCUGCAGUCUCUGGUCAUCUCCUGUACUAGGUCUGCAGUCUCUGGUCAUCUCCUGUACUAGGUCUGCAGUCUCUGGUCAUCUCCUGUACUAUGCCCGCAGUCUCUGGUCAUCUCCUGUACUAGGUCUGCAGUCUCUGGUCAUCUCCUGUACUGUGUCUGCAGUCUCUGGUCAUCUCCUGUACUGUGUCUGCAGUCUCUGGUCAUCUCCUGUACUGUGUCUGCAGUCUCUGGUCAUCUCCUGUACUGUGUCUGCAGUCUCUGGUCAUCUCCUGUACUGUGUCUGCAGUCUCUGGUCAUCUCCUGUACAACAUCCGCAGUCUCUGGUCAUUUCUUGUAGUAUGUCUGCAGUCCAUUGGUUCAGAAUAUUUUUUCUCUUGUUUUCCUCCUCU